AUUUCCACCACUCUUUAGCCAUGGAGAUUGAGGCAGAAACUCGACAGAAGGCUGGGCUUUUCACCUGUGGUUGGAGCUGGCUUAAGGCCUUGUCUGGGAAAGCCAUGAAUAAGGCUGUCAAGGUUGCAAAGAGCACAAAGGAGGUCGGACAGGAAGACCCAAGAAGAGUCACCCACUCCCUAAAAGUGGGAUUAGCUCUCACAUUGGUGUCCUUGUUUUACUAUUGGAAACCUCUCUACAAUGGUUUUGGGGCUUCAGGAAUUUGGGCUGUGCUAACAGUGGUAGUAGUCUUCGAAUUCAGUGUUGGUGCAUCUCUGAGCAAAAGUUUAAAUAGAGGUUUUGCAACAUUACUUGCGGGUACUCUGGGGGUUGGAGCUCAACACACAGCACGUCUCUUCGGCGAGAAAGGAGCGCCUUUUGCCCUUGGGAUGCUUGUUUUCUUACUAACUACAGCAUCAUCAUUCAUACGGUUCAUUCCACGUAUAAAGGCAAGAUAUGACUAUGGGGUCUUAAUUUUUAUAUUGACAUUCAGCUUGGUAUCAGUGUCGGGAUAUCGAAUUGAACAACUCUUUCAGAUGGCCCAUCAAAGACUCUCAACAAUUGUAAUUGGAGGAGCAUUCUGCAUAAUCAUAUCCAUAUUUGUUUGUCCGGUAUGGGCUGGCGAAGAUCUUCACAAGUUAAUUGCUUCCAAUUUAGAAAAUCUUGCAAACUAUCUACAAGGUUUUGAGAGCGAAUAUUUUCAGGACUCUGUGGAUGAAUUAAUGAUCAAGGGUGGUGCCACGGCCUCUGAGGGUGAUAAGGCUGUACUUCUUCAAGGAUAUAAGAGAGUCCUCAAUUCGAAAAACGAUGAAGAAUCUUUGGCAAAUUUCGCAAGAUGGGAACCAGGGCAUGGCCUUUUCCCCUUCCGUCAUCCAUGGAAACAGUACUUGAAGAUUGGAGCCCUUGCUAGACAGUGUGCUUACCAUAUUGAAGCUCUUAAUGGGUACAUGAUCGCCAACUACUCUGAUAUCCAAGUACCACUAGAAUUUCGACACAAAAUUCAAGAAUCAACAAUAAAGAUGAGCUCAGAAUCCAGCAAGGCACUUCAAGCAUUAGCAACAUCAAUUAAAACAAUGACAGACCCUUCGGUCGCCAAUUUUCAUGUAGAAAUAUCUAAAACUGCCAUUAAUGAACUCGAGAUUGCACUCAAAGCAGAUUCAGUAGUACUAGAGAAUGUGAACCUCCUAGCAAUUAUACCAAUUGCAUCAGUGACUUCAAUUCUAAUAGAAAUCACAAGAUGCGUGGAGAAAAUAUGUGAAUCCGUCCACGAGCUAUCUUGCUUAGCACAUUUCAAGAGUGUUGAACCCUCUGUAGCACCAGAAAAGCUGCAGCUACAUCAUCGAGGAAGCAUAAAACCUCUUUCGGAUGGUGACAGAAGUAUUGACCAUCUUACAAUUACAGUAUCCACAACAUCAAACAUGAAUAUUUGUCCAAUGGAAAAUGAGAUUUCCCAGGUACCAAAAGUCGGCGGCAACCAACGACUUAACUUGGGAGUGUAAAAAUUCAUA